UCCGGGUUGGAGUGUCAAUUCAAACCAGUUCAUAUUUAAUCUUACUUCGGAUUUAUUAGAUUUAAAGUUAUUGUCAAGUAUUGGUGGUGACCCCAAGUCAAAGAAAAUAUUUACCAAAAUGGCCUCCCCUGGAGAAAGGUUGAUUAGUCUUGGGGCAGGCAUACCCUGCACAAGUGUCCGAGUUGAUGCUGCCAAGGUUGUCCAGAAAGCUGUUGAGGCGCGCAUAAAAGAAGAAUUGGAGACAGGAGCACAAUUCUUGACGUACCUGUCCACAGGAGAGGGGCACCCAGAGUGGAGAGAAGAGAUGUCAAAAUUCUUAUCUGAGGAGUACGGAGAUCCUGUAUCAAGCGACGACCUCCACUUGACUGCUGGCGCCACCCAUGGAUUGCAUCUGGCAAUGACUCUCCUCCUUGAGAAAGGCUCACCUUGCUUCACUGAGGAACCCCACUAUUUCCUUGCUGCUGGCGCCAUCAAAGACUCUGGUAUCCUCGGAGUUCCAGUCGAGAUGGACGAUGAUGGACUCAGUGCAGACGACCUUGAGAAGAAAGCCUCGGCAUACGAAUACACGUGGGACAAGACACCAUCUAAUAAACCUUACCGCGGUGUAGUCUACAUGGUGCCAAUAUUCCAUAAUCCCACUGGGAAAUGUUACUCCCCAGAGAGAUGUCGAGCGCUUGUUGCUAUCGCCAGAAAACACAACCUCCUGCUGUUCAGUGAAGACGUGUAUAACCUUCUCUACUACACUGGCAACUUGCCACCCAAGAGGUUUUUCUUCUAUGACAACAAAUCAGAUGCGGACUACGUUGGCAGCGUGAUAAGCAAUGGCUCCUUCUCGAAGUAUCUCGCGCCUGGAAUAAGAAUCGGAUGGUACGAGGCGCCCAAAAGAGCUAUGGACUGCUUUGAGAAAUCCGCCCUUCUAAGAAGUGGUGGCCCUGUAAACCAUUUUGGGUCGGGCAUCAUCACAAGUGCCUUGAAGCUCGGCAUCCAACAGGAUUUCAUCAAGAAACUCCGAGCUAAAUAUGCGAAGCGAGUGUCGUUAUUCGGUCAAGUCCUAGAGGAGCGCCUGCCAUCAUCCUGCUCAUUUAAACUGCCCAAGGGUGGAUAUUUUGUCUGGAUCCAGCUGCCAAAUGGUGUAGACGGCAUUGAUAUAACUAAGAAAGCAGAGACCGAAUUCAACGUGAUGGUUCUUACUGGCAGUCUCUUCUCGCAAACUGCUGGUUUCCGAAACUGCAUCAGGCUGAGUAUUUCGGCAGUGGAGGAUGAGGAGAUUGUUCCUGGACUGACAGCCUUCUGCGACUGCUUAACCAAGUAUUUGCCUCAGAAGUUGUGAAGAUGGCAUUACAGCCGAAACAAAAGAGAAAUGAAUAAUGCAAGAUGUGUUACAUAUCGUUACAUCUUACAAGUGUACGGGUGUUUACACAAUGGGUGAUAUGAAUAAAGACUAGCAAAUGCUUUUAUCUAAAACUUUAUGUACAUUUACACUAGGCCUUUCUGUACUGAAUUGAAGUAAAAGCAUUUGCUAGUCUUUAUUCAUAUCACCCAAUGUGUAUGUGUGUAAACUAUUUUUUCUGCUGAUUAUUGGGUGCUUUGCAAUUUUCCUUAAUUUGUUUUUCAAAAUUUCUAUCAUUUGAUAUUUAUACUUAAUUUUUGAUGAUAAUUAAGUCCUCUGUGAGGACAGAGUGUUUUAGGGGUGUUUUUCAAUUAAAAAGUGUGACCAGUGUAUUCAUUUUACCUUGUUUUUUGUAUAAAAACUCAUAAAUGAUAAAAACCACAUGAAGAAAAUGGAUUAAAAUGGUGAUUUUUUACAAAAAAAACCACAAGAAAGGGGGUCAAAAUUUAGAUGGCAAUCCCUUCUGAAGGGGAGUCAUUUUAGAAUAUUUUGGUGGUAUGAGCGCUGGUCCCCCUUAAAUUUGCUGAGGGGUGGGGGAGGGGGUAGUGAUAGCCAGUUAGCCCAUAGGGAAAUUAAUGCAAAUUGUUGGUGAAUGAGUCUUAGAUUGUGAUUUAGAAAUACAUGUAUGAAGUUUAUU